AUCACAUCUCACCAACAUGUGCGCGUGUGCAUUUGGCAUAAUGUUUUAUGCAAUGCAUAUGUGCAGUCGGUGCAUGUUCCCUUUCGACUUGCGCUUGUAUGAGUAUUAUGCUGAGGGUUCUGGUACUGCUGGGAAGGUAUAUGGAUUGUAGGUGGUUGUGAUUGAUCGCCGCGGUGUUCGUGCGAUGGUGGAAGCAAACAAAACAAGUGAAUGACUGAUCCUCGAAGACUCAUCUGCGGAGACUGAGGUGAGAAGUGAUUGAAACCAUUUUCUGUAGCAUUGAUGUUGAAGUGAGGAUCGCUUCGAACAAGUGAAUUGCGGUAGGUUUAUGGAUAAGUGAGCCACAGUGAAUGAGAAAUAAAUCUCGCCAUCUUGAUUUCUCCGUAUAGUUUCAGAGCUAUACGGUAGUCGUUCAGCAGCAGCAGCCAGUGUCAGUGGUGGUGUCCAAAGGUUCGAAGAAGUCAAUUGAAAUUAGGGUAGAUGCUUUAACUGAUUCGCUGAUUGCUGCCAGUUUGGAGCCAUUUUCUGGCUCAAUUAGAGUUGAUAGUGUCAAUUUGAUGUGCAAAAUGUGAUCGGUGGUUAGUGAAUGGUGCAGUAGAUGUGUCUAAGCUGUGUAAAGUAGGAUCGUUUGCCAUGGCGGUGUUGUUAACAAGUGGGCUCGUGGGCUUGUUAGCCGAAGAGGAGGGUGGUUAUUAAAUGGUGGAAUUGAGGCUUUUAAUUGCCCAGUGUUAAUCGCACUCGUAAGUGCUCUCGUUUUUGUUCUCUUCUGCUUCCUUCGCCCGUGCUGGUGAGUUAUUAGGAGGUUGAAUGAACUUGUGGUGAUUUGCUGAAGUGCAGGAACGAUAUAUUCUAAUGUUGAACAUCCUGUAUCGAGAACAACAUCCAAUUUCUUCGAGAGUGAACGGCUGUAGCGCUAUGGCGAAAAUGGACUCUGUACAGACGAUCGUAUUAGAGUGAUCGAGCGCCCCGUGGCAUUAGUGUAGACAGGCGGAGUAAAAGAAGAGAAUUGUUAGUCGUGUGCCAUAAAUUUAGUUGAGCAUAGCCAAACCCAGAUUACCAGAAUGACAAAUUCUGGUCAUGCAGUGGUUGUCUGGGAGUUCGAAUCUCGCGGAGCCAAAUGGCUACCGUAUAGUCCAGCUGUUUCGCAGCACCUGGAACGGGCUCACGGUAAAAAGCUCACCCGAGUUCUGCUGAGCGAUGCAGAUCCAUCGUUGGAUCAGUACUAUGUCAACGUUCGAACUAUGACACAAUGCUGUGAGGAUCAGGAAUUUGCUGUGACAAACGUUCGGAGACAUUUCUACAAACCUAGUUCACCAGCUGGCAAAGGAACCAAAUGGGAGUGGUGCGGAUCUUCUGGGAACGAUUGGCAUAGCUAUACUAUGGAGGUUCAAUGCGUGAUCGAGGAAGCUUGGGCUCGAGGUGACCAAACAAUUGAUCUUACGAAGAGUCACCUUAACCUACCGUAUACCAUAAACUUCCUUAAUCUUACACAAAUACGCCAUCAAAAUGGGCCGCUAAGAAGCAUACGUCGGAUACAACAAGCACCUUACCCACUCGUAAAGCUACCACCAAAUCAAGCGACCAAUGCUACUCCUCAGGCUUCUCUCUCCGUUCCAAACCUUCCUCCAAAACCAAAUCAAUUAAUCUCAAGUGGAGCGAGUUCAUGUUCUUCGAAUACAUCCGGUUCUCAACAAUCCACAUCACAUCUCCAUUCAAAGUCAAAAUCCCAGCCAGUGCUGUGCGCCAACCAACAAAAACGAGCCACAAAAGCUCUCAAAGUCGGCAAACAAAUAGACAUGGUUCCGGUUACGCCGACCAAUCUCGCUCGUCAAAUAUUGCACAAUCUCAACAUCUUCGGGACGAAACAUUCCCAGCAUCAGGAACUUCCAGAUUACCCCCAGAGCUCCAACCCAUCCACCUCUAGCCAACACCAGAGCCAUCAUCAUAACCAGCAACAAUUCCAAUCCAAUCACUCCCAUCAGCAAUCACUUCGAAGUCACCCCAGUAGCCGAUCAAUGGGAGGAUUUCAAAGGCACCGGAGCAAGUCGCGCAGCCGAGGUGAAUCGCUGAUCGAAACCGAUUCUUCCAGCAUCAACUCGGGACGGAGGCCCAGUGUGGAUACUGUGUCCACCUACCUCAGCCAGGAGAGCAAAGAUAGCACCGGACGGAAAAGUAACAACCUCGGAUCGGUUUCCGAUCUGUUGGACUGCUCUAUGGGCAGUGAUGACGUUUUUACGCCGGCUUCCUCGCAGCAGAACAUUCCCGGAGCGAUUGUCGGAGUGGAUCCGGCCAGUGAUAUGAUAUCGCGAUUCGUGAGGGUGGUGGAUCCGCCUCAGUGGCCCCAUGCUCAACCCUGUCCGAUGUGUAUGGAAGAGUUGCGCCACAAUAACCACAAUCCUACGGUUUCUCUGUCGCGCUGUCAGCAUCUCAUGCAUCUGAACUGUCUGAACGAGUUGAUUUUGGGGCAGCAAAAGGAAAAUCAAAAGAGUCUAUACAUCGAAUGCCCGAUUUGCAUGUCAGUGUAUGGGGAGAAAAUUGGUGAUCAACCGCCGGGGACAAUGUCAUGGAUCGUCAUUCCGAGAAGCCUUCCGGGUCACGAAGGGCAGAACACCAUCCAAAUAACCUACAAUAUUGCAUCGGGCCUUCAAAGCAAAGAGCAUCCUCACCCGGGACGGGCUUUCUUCGCCGUGGGAUUCCCUCGAACAUGCUUCCUUCCAGAUGGCCUUCUGGGGCGUAAAAUACUGCGCUAUUUGAAGAUAGCCUUCGACCGGCGGCUACUGUUUUCGAUUGGCCGAUCGGCAACCACUGGAAGGGAGGAUGUGGUCCUUUGGAACGGCGUGGAGCACAAGACGCAGUAUUCGAUGUUUCCGGAUCCGCAGUACAUGCAGAGGUGCAUGCAACAGUUGGUGCAUCUUGGCGUAACCGAUUGAGUUCGGUGCCAUUCGGUUUAGUGAGUUGUUUUCGAUUGUUUUGUUUUAAUUUUCUGUUAUAAUCGAUCGUACUGAAGCGACAAGACUGUGAGUUUGCGCGUGUGAAAUUUUAAAAAUUAAGGUCUGAUCUGGAGCAGCUAAAGCGAGUGAUUGAAUUUUCUUCUAGUAAUGGAAAUUUCAAGUCCUCAUCGACAUGUGUUCUUCCCCUAUGUGGUUCAGAAGUAUUUCAUAACAAGUAUCGUAUGGAAGGUUUAUCGCAUUUAUGUGUCGUAAGGGAUCAAUUAUCAAAUUAUUAUAUCCAGGAUCUCAAAUCGAUUUUGAGUGUAGAAACAAUCAUAUCACGCAAACAUCUUCCAUGGAAACAAAGACUAACUAUGUGCCAAUAAUAAGUCGAAAUGUGUAUAUAAUGUUUUAAAAUCACAUAUUUCUAAUAGGCAACUGACGCACAUUCAUUACACUUUAUGUACUGUUAGCAAACGAGAAAAUCUCAAAGAGGUUAUGUUCUAACAAGUGUUUUUUUUUCUCUAAUUUAUAAUUUAGCCCACUGAACUCAGAUAAGGUUUUGGGUUCAAUACAACAAGCAUCUUCCAUUUUAAGUUCUUCCAAUAUCUGUGUAAAUAGUAGAUUUAAGAUAGCCUGAAUAUAAGGAAUGUAGAUACUUUUAGCAAAUUGAUUUAUCUUCAUGAACGUUUAGACAUCAUGUUCCUUCCUUUAUUUUUUGAAAUCAUUGAUCCACAUAAUCAAAAAAUCUAUCCAUCAAAGAAAAAGGUUCUUAUAUUUUAACUUGAAAAACAGAGAAUUGGUUUUUUAUCAAUAAAUUGCAGUAAUUCUA